AUGUUAAACAUUGUUAUAAAAAUUAAUGACAAAGAAUUCAAACAAAUACUUAAUGUCGACCUAAAAUUAUCAAAAGUUCGUAUAUUUAUCUUAAAAAAUCCUGAAAUUCAAAGUUAUAUUGAUUACUCUGAAAAUAUUUUAAUCUUUCAACAUAAUGGUAAUGAUAUUGAUGUAAAUAGAGAAAACCAAGCAUUAUCAAAGAUUCUUGUUAGUAAUGAAUUAUUUAUUAAAACAUUCAAAAAUAGUGAACCUACUGAUGUUUCAUUUCAAAUUGAAGGAGUAGGGCAUUUUGAAGAGUUGCCUUUAAAUAUGAAAUUGGACAUAGUUAGAUUAUUUAUUUUAAAUAAACGUUUAGGUUAUGAUAAUUAUUCAUUUAUACAUCCAAUUUGUGGUGAAAUAGGAGUAGAUAAUGAAUAUAAAUAUACUUUGGAGAAAAUAAUUGAAAAAAAUGAUAAAAAUAUUAAUUUGAUAAACUUAAGCAAAAAAAACAGACCUAAUUUGUCAAAGUUAAUUGAAUCUUGCGAGUCUGGAUUUAAUAUGACAAAAGAUGAGGGAACUAAAAAGGCUCCUAGAAAAGCAAUUACAAUUAUAGAUCCCAAAUUUGAAGAAUAUGAUAAUCCAAAAAUAAGAGGGUUUGUUAAAAAAUGUAAUGAUGUGCAAGAAAAUUUAUAUGAACGUAACAUAGCUUUGGUUGGCAAUUUAUUAUUACCAUGGCUAUCAUCUUGUAUUGGUUUAAAAAGUUCAAUUGAAUUUGAAAAGAAAUUGGACAUGGCUACUUCAUAUUCAAUUGAAAAAUCAGAAUAUGCAUCAAUUGAAUUUACAAAAUCAAAUUAUUGUUUGAAACCUGAAUUUGAAGAUGAUGUUAAAUCUGCAGUUGAUUCAAAAUUAUCAUUAAAAGAAAAACUUGAGAAACUUGAGAAAAUCAUUGAAAACUAUGGUCAAUUUAUAUCCAAAAAAAUCAUUUUUGGUGGUAAAAUUGUAAAACAACUUACAAGUGAAGCAAAUCAAGUUGGAGAGUCAUCUUCAAAUACAAAAAACAUUGAAUUAAAUAUAAGUCACCCAAGAACUGUUGGUGCUGGUGCAUCUGCAAGUAAAACAAAAUCAGUAAAUGAUAUUACAAGAUCAAGUGAAACUAUAUCAUAUCAAUGUACAAUAGGUGGAAAUGGAAAUGGAGCUCUUUUAGAUGAUUGGUAUGAAUCUCUUCGUGAUCCUGAUAAGUGGGAUAUAAUUGAAUAUAAAGAUGUUAUACCUAUAUUUGAAAUAUUACCAGAUGAUCUAAAAAACCAAGUAUUGAAAAUUAUUGGCCAAAAAAUACUUGAUGUUAAAACUUGUAGAAUUGUUUACGAUGCUGAAAAAAAUAAAAAUAAGGCUUAUGUUCAUAGAUUAGUGCAUAAUAUUCAAGAUAUUGAUAAAUGUCAAAUAUUUUCAACAAUAAUUAGUUAUAUAAUUGUUGGAUAUGGUUUUAGAUCUAAACCUGGGCUAGAUAUUAGAUUUAUUGGCGAAGAAAAGCAAAUUAAACAUUAUAACAAUAGAUUUAUUGCAGAAAUUGAAAGACCAACAAAUGAAGGAUCAAUAAUUGGAUCUUGUGUGAUUAAAUCAUAUCAAAAUCCAGUUGAUCCAGAGGAUUCAAAAAUUAUCAGUUUACAUUUCCAUCCAUCAGAUAAAAAAGUCUGUAUUCACAGUUAUGACCUUAAUACCAAAGAAAUAAUUGAACCCUCCUUAGAUGAUUGUUAUAUUCAUUAUAGCACAUUUGAAUUCUCAGGAUCUGAUGAACCUUAUGGUAAAACAAAGCUUACUUUUAACAAUGAUAAAAAAUUUUUUAAAAAUGAUAAAAAUUCUCUGUGGAUAAAAUAUGACAACUGUACACAAAAUCAGUCGAUUUUUAUGAAUCUACUGUUUGAUUGUAAUGACCAACCAGUAGUAAAACCAGUAAAACCAGUAAAACCAGUAGUAAAUGUAGUAUUUAAACCUAAUGUUAUAUUUUCAGCACUUUGUGAAAAAACUUGUAUUUCAAAUAAUGAUGUUUUGAGCUUUUUAAAAUUAUUAAUUGAUAACGAAAAACAAUCCACAGGUGCUCCAAAGUAA